AGUGGCCCCCUAUAGAGGUAGAUAGAUGCAUAGGUGUGUGUGGGUCUGAGUCCAGGAAAAAUUUACCUUGCCACGGGUAUAUGUUACCUGUGUCUCACGCAUUUUGACUCUCUUUUAUUUUAUAGACUAGCAAUCAUCGAAACUCACCCACCUAUCCUAUAUUCAUCAUCACCAUCACCACCACUACUGAGACACAACACAUCACAAAGCAACACACAAGUCGCCGACCCACACACACACACACACACCCACACACACACAAAUGAGGAAAGAAUCACCGCCGCCCUCAGCUCCCGGCGGCAAAUUGUUCAGCUUCUUCGAAACCAAAACCUUAGUAGCCACAUUACUUGCUCUGACACUAGUCAUGCUCAUGUGGAACCUCCCUCCUUACUACCAAAACCUCCUCUCCACCACUCGCGUUUCUUGCUCCGCCACCACCACCACCACCUUAACCGCCACCACACCCAACGUUUCCUUAACUAACUUUUCAACUACCCCAGUUGCUGAACAAAAGUACUCAACCUCAACUUCAACACCCAAGAGUAACGACCCCAAUAAGCGAGUCUUCCAGACUUUUGGUAGCGCCACUGCUCUCUUUGUCCUAAUGGGUGCUUACCGCGGUGGGCCUCGGACUUUUGCGGUGGUGGGUUUAGCCUCCAAGCCCACUCACGUUUAUGGUCACCCAUGGUACAAAUGCGAGUGGAUCUCUAACAAUGGGUCUUCCAUUAGAGCUAAAGCUUAUAAGAUGCUUCCAGAUUGGGGUUAUGGCCAUGUCUACACUGUUGUUGUUGUCAAUUGUACUUUUCCAGACAAUCCCAAUUGGGACAACUUGGGUGGGAAGCUCACAAUCAAUGCGUACUACAACGAGUCUCCGAGGAGGUACGAGAAAUUCACUGCCUUGGAAGAAGCACCGGGUUCUUACGACGAGUCCAAGUACCACCCACCUUAUCAGUACGAGUAUUUGUAUUGUGGGUCAUCUUUGUACGGGAGUUUGAGUGCUUCUAGGAUCAGAGAAUGGAUGGCUUACCACGCUUGGUUUUUCGGACCCAAGUCCCAUUUCGUGUUUCACGAUGCGGAUGGGAUUUCACCUGAGGUUAGAGCCGCACUGGAGCCAUGGGUGCGAGCUGGGAGAGCCACGGUUCAAGAUAUUAAGGGCCAGGCCGAGUUUGACGGGUAUUACUAUAACCAAUUCAUGGUGGUGAAUGAUUGUCUACAUCGGUACCGACACUCUGCUAAUUGGACUUUUUACUUUGAUGUGGAUGAGUAUAUCUAUUUGCCUGACGGGAAUACGCUAGAAUCUGUGCUCAAAGAGUUCUCAGACUAUACUCAGUUCACUAUUGAGCAGAAUCCUAUGUCUAGUGUGCUCUGCUUGAAUGAUUCCACUCGCGAUUAUUCUAGUGAAUGGGGAUUUGAGAAGCUACUAUUCAGAGACUCAAUAACUGGGAUUCGAAGGGAUCGGAAAUACGCAAUUCAGGCUAAGAAUGCGUACGCCACGGGUGUACACAUGUCCGAGAAUGUAAUUGGGAAGACAUUGCACAAGACCGAAACAAAGAUCAGAUAUUAUCACUACCACAACUCCAUUUCGGUACAAGGUGAACCGUGCAGGGAAUUUCUACCACUAUCGGCGAAGAACAAUGUGACAUGGUACAACAAGAUACCUUAUGUUUACGAUGAUAAUAUGAAGAAACUUGCCGACACUAUCAAGGAAUUCGAGCGCAAAACCAUUGGAAACGUUGUACAGCUCUAGCUAUAGUUGUGGCUAGCUAGCGUAGCGGUGGUCGCAAUGCAAUGAUUUUUUAAGCCCCAAAAAGAUUGUGACCAUAUUUCACCGACAUGUACAUGUGAUGUGAGCUAGCAAAAUUGCCAGUGCAGAUUGUGAUAGUGGGAAAUUCCUCACGCAUGUAUGGCGUGCAUUAUCAUGAUCAUUGAUUGAUGGAUUGAUUCUUUGUUCAUAAAUUAGCUUCGGUUGCUCAAUGUUUACUCCUCUUAUUUCCUGGCCAGGGAUUCAUUUGGCAUGAUUGGUUAGAAACCAAUGCAAAAGAAAAGGGAGAAUGGACCAGCUAGCAUAGCAUUGCUUUCGUUUGUCUAUAAAAAAAAAAAAAAAGGUAAGA